AGCGUACGUACGCAUCGAAGCAAACCACACGUACGCGCAAGACCCUGUACACAAACAUAAUGCCUUUCAUUGGUCGACGUUGAGGGCAAGCACCAGGCGCCCACCACGGGAUACAAGCCACAGAGUGUGGGUCGUUGUACGCGUCCCCGGCGCGCAGGCUCAAAAUGUCGUCUCUCAUCUGUCUAGAUGUCGAAGGGGUCAGUGCCGCGUCAUGAGCAAGGUCAAAGUAUAGCAGCAUGGUGGGUUGCGCAAUCGAGAUUCAUCAGGUCUUUGAGAUAUAAGAUCAGUCGACGUCAACAUCUCAACCGCAUCUACCAUUUUAAGCUCCAUCUUGCAUUUCGGCAUUUCAUCUUCAGUUCGUCAUUCCCACGGUGAUCAUCGAUCAGUAUGGUUCAAUUAGCUUCCAUUCUCAGCAGCGCUGUUGCAGUGUCUUCGCUCAUCAGCAGCGCAGUCGCUCACCCCGGCGAGAAGCAUGACAUGGCGCUUGUCAGACGUCAAAUCGAUGUCCGUCAACUGCGCGCUACUGCUUCCAAACGCUCCCUCGAGAGCUGCCAGGACUCGCUUCAGCAUCGUUCGCUGAUGCAGCGGUCCCACGCCAGGCGCUCCGAGGCUCUCAGCUUCCUCCGCCAGAAGCGCGGCAUUAUUGGCAAGUCUAAGAAGUUCCGCCGCGAUCUUGCUCUCCUCCAGGAGUUUGAGGCUAUCAAUCACAAUCAGACUGGUGUUCUCGACUACUCACCUAACACUGAUACGGCGACUAUCUUCGCGGCAAAUACGAGCUGCAUUCUCGCCCCCGAGGUCACUGACGGUCCUUACUACGUCAACGGCGAGCUCAUUCGCAAGAAUGUUAAGGAGGAUCAAAUUGGUAUUGAUUUAUACCUCGAGGUCCAGUACGUCGAUGUCACCACCUGCCAGCCUGUGCCUAAGUUGUUCGUCGAUGUCUGGAACUGUAACGCUACAGGCUACUACAGCGGUGUUGAGUCUGGCCAGGGUGGUCUAAAUACCACCUUCUUGCGCGGUAUCCAGGAGACUGACAAAGAUGGUGUUGUCGCUUUCGACACCAUCUUCCCCGGUCACUACGAUGGUCGUGCCAUCCACACCCAUCUUCUCACGAAGUCGAAUGUUACCGUCCGUGACAACGGAACAACUCAAGACGGUGCCGUUACACACAUUGGCCAGCUCUUCUGGCCCGAGGAACUCAGGUCCGAGGUCGAAGCCACAUCCCCAUACAACGAGAAUACCCAGGCCAUCACAUCCAACGAUGAUGACAUGUGGAGCAUCAUCCAGGCCGAAGACGACUACGACCCAUUCCCCCAAUUCGUGUAUGUUGGCGACGAUAUCACCGACGGUCUCUUUGCUUGGAUUCAGAUUGGUGUCAACGCUACUGCCGACUACACCGACGAUGACUACUAUAGCGUUGCUGCUACCUAUCAGGCUGGUGGUGGUGUCGCAAACGCUAACUCUGGCUUCAUUGGUGGCGGAGGCGGUGGUGGUGACCUGGGAGGAAACAGUACUAGCAAUGGCACCUUGCCCAGCGGUUCGCCCCCUUUAGGCGCUAUUCCCUCUUCUAUAGCCGCAGCCUAGAG